AUGAACUACGGCAGGCUCGGAUUAACAGACCCUGGUGGCUCGUCAAGACGAAGCCUAUCAGAUGAACCCAAUUCACACACAAGAAAAAGCAAACUCAAAUUUCUUUUGAUUGUGGCGUCGAUUCUCAUUGUAGCUUCCGCCAUUUCUGCUGCAGUAUUAGUGGGGCUACGGAAGAAAUCAGGCUCGGCCGAGACUCGGCUUAGGAGGCCCUCCAUAGCCAUAUCACGAGCCUGUGGCCAAACAAGGUACGAGGAAAAAAAUUUGAAAGUAGGAAGGAAGAAGACGAAUAUAAUGUUUAUAGGCGAUGGAAAGGGCAAAACAGUCAUUUAUGGUGGAAGAAGCGUCCAAGAUAACAUAACAACAUUCCACACCGCGUCAUUUGCGGCCACUGGUGCUGGAUUCAUUGUGAAAGACAUGACAUUUGAAAACUAUGCUGGGCCGAGCAAGCAUCAAGCGGUGGCGCUACGUGUUGGGGCCGAUCAUGCAGUGGUUUAUAGAUGCAAUGUUAUUGGAUAUCAAGACACAUUAUAUGUGCAUUCACAAAGACAAUUUUAUCGUGAGUGCGACAUAUAUGGUACGGUGGACUUCAUAUUUGGCAAUGCUGCAGUUGUGUUCCAAAAUUGCACCAUUCAUGCCCGAAAGCCUCUUCCUUUUCAAAAGAACACCAUCACCGCUCAAAACCGCAAGGACCCUAACCAAAACACUGGCAUUUCUAUCCAUGCUUGCAGAAUCGUAGCAGAGCCUGACCUCCAGAAAGAAAAGGGAGCAUAUCCCACGUACUUAGGACGGCCAUGGAAAUUGUACUCGCGGACUGUCUACAUGUUAUCCUACUUGGGCGAUCAUGUUCACCCUAGGGGAUGGCUCGAGUGGAAUGCAACAUUUGCACUCGACACAUUGUACUAUGGAGAGUACCAAAACUACGGUCCUGCUGGUGCAGUCUGGCAACGCGUGAAAUGGCCGGGUUAUCGUGCAAUCACUUCCCCGAUCGAGGCUAGUCGAUUCACGGUGGGACAAUUUAUUUAUGGGUCAGCCUGGUUGCCUAGUACUGGGGUUGCUUUCUUGGCAGGGCUGUCUACUUAA